GAUGAAAAGACCUGCGCCUUUAAGAGGGCUGUCUCCCCCUCUCCCUCCCCCCUCCCCCCUCCGCCACACAGACACUCCUCCUGUGAGCGCUCGUGAGGCAGCUCCCGUCCCUCAUGUCUCUUUGUAGGUGGGGGGGGAACAGAGCACACUUCCCAGAGCGCCACUGGAGACAACACCCCGCCCCCCCACCCCACACCUCCCCCCCCAGGGUGCAGACCUCCAUGCAGCCCUGGCCUCAGCUCUACAUGCUGGAUGCCGAGAGGAGAGAGACAGACCUACUUCAAGCUGGAGCAACAACAACAACAACAACAACAACACCGAGAGGGUCCAGGAGGUGGAACUUAUCGAGCACGAGAGGUCAAGUUUGAGUUGAAGGCGACAUUUUUUUAACCGGCAGAUUUUUGGAGAAAUCGACGGCGCCCGGGAACCGGACCGCGGAAACGGGAGAAAAAAAGGUGGAGUCUGAAAUUUGAGCGUUUAGAUUUUCUUUAGAAAAAGUUUUGUCGGGUGAAGGAAUCGAAGAAAAAGAACUCAAAUGUUUAGGAUAAAAAAAAGUAGCAGGAAUAGGAACAUUCUGAAUGUUUCCAUUAUUUUUUUGCCGGAGCGCUUUGAGAAUCAUCGCGGAGCUCUUUUGAAACGGAGCGACGCUCUUUAGAGAACGUCUCCCGCUCCCGACUCGCCGGCCGGGCGUUUAUCUUCCUCCUGCAGCCGGGGAGCGUGAACGACUUCAUCCACGGGAGAAACGACGUGAACACGAGGUCGUGCUUCUGAUGUGAACGUCUCCGAAUCUUGACUGGAAAAAAAGAGAAGAGCGUGCCGGACGCAUCGGAACGUCACGCCGGGCGGCGUUCCACGUCGGGACUAACGGGGGAGCGCUGAAGACGAGGGGGAGAAGUUCCCGGGCUGCGGGGUGGCGAGCGGCCGGAACCAGUUCAACCGGUUCAACCAGUUCAACCAGUUCAACCAGUACCUGACCGGGGACGCCGUCGGACCCCGUGGCGGACUCAAUCAGAUGGACGACGGGGCGACCCCGGUGACCCCGGUGACCCCAGUGACCCGCCCCGUCUACCGCGAUCAGCCCUACAGCGACGCGGUGGUCAACAGUAUUUCGUGCCCGAUGAAGCCGCCGCCGCCGCCGCCACAGGCCCCUCCCCCCGCGCUGAAACUAGGCCGGGAAGGGUUUAAGAAGGUGUGCCGCACGGAGGAGGACGGCCCCUGUCCCUUUCCAGGACUGGCCUCCGGGGUGCUGGAGAUGCGCGUGAAGGAGGGAAGUAAGAUCCGCAACCUGAUGGGAUUCGCCAUGGCGCGGAUGCAGGGGGAGGGGCUUGUUAGCGGCGGCGGCGGAGGGCUCAGGCAGGUGGUCUUCACGGGGUCGGGCCGCGCCGUCACCAAGACCAUCACCUGCGCCGAGAUCAUGAAGCGGAACGUGGGCUCCCUGCACCAGCUCACCAAGCUGCAGUACCGGGCCGUGAAGGAGGUGUGGGAGAGCGGCGGCGGCGAGGAGGAGGGGGGGACGUCCGAGAUGACGGUGCACAGGACGGUGACCUCCGUCAGCAUCCUGCUCUCCAAAGACCCGCUGGACCCCCUGGAGCCGGGCUACCAGCCGCCGGAGGCUAUCAGCAUGCUGUGGGACGAGAGAGAGGGGAUCGGACCCGCCUCGCCACGCAAGAGACCUCUAGGACCGCUCGGACCCCUCGGACCCCUCGGACCGCUCGGACCCCUCGGACCGCUCAGACCUUCGCCGUACGCCGGGCCGCCUCACUGUAAGAGAGUGUGUUUGGGGGAAGGAGGGUCGGUCCACCCUCCUCACUGACUCGGGCGCCGUCCCCUCCACUGGAGCACAAUGCAGAGACAAUCAGAACACUCGCUCACACACAACGGAGCUUUUCUUUCCUUCAGAAGAAGAAGGAGUACCGACUCCCGCCACCAGGGGGUCAGUUUGACCGGGACCUGAGGAGCUCGCCUCUGCACACGCAGCAUUUAAAAAGGGGGAUGUGUGUUUUCUGGGCGGUCGCCCUCUCUCUCUCUCUCUCUCUCUCUCUCACGUCCACGUGACUGACGCGUUGAGCUGUAUGAUCUUUGAAUUCACAUCUGACCCCCCCCAAAAAAAAAAAAAAGCCAUGAACUGCACAGGGUCCAGACUCCUGCAGUAAACGAUCCACACAGCUUGUGGAUGAAAUCAUUCAUUAGCAUCACAUUCAUAUUCCUCCAUACUGAAUAUAUAUUACAUAUAUAUAUAUAUAUCUUACAAAUAUAUAAAUAUACAUUUAUAUAAAUUAUAUAUAUAUAUAUUUUUUAAUAUAUAUUUGUAAUUAGAUAUUCAGUAUAUACAGGACUGUCUCAGAAAAUUAGAAUAUUGUGAUAAAGUUCUUUAUUUUCUGUAAUGCAAUUAAAAAAACAAAAAUGUCAUGCAUUCUGGAUUCAUUACAAAUCAACUGAAAUAUUGCAAGCCUUUUAUUCUUUUAAUAUUGCUGAUUAUGGCUUACAGCUUAAGAAAACUCAAAUAUCCUAUUUCUAAAUAUUAGAAUAUCAUGAAAAAGUAUACUAGUAGGGUAUUAAACAAAUCACUUGAAUCGUCUAAUUAACUCGAAACACCUGGAAACACAUUUUCAAAUGUUUGAUUUUGUUUUGCUGUUAUAAAUCUUUUUUUUUACUUGGUCUGAGGAAAUAUUCAAAUUUUAUGAGAUAGGAUUUUAGAGUUUUCUUAAGCUGUAAGCCAUAAUCAGCAAUAUUAAAAGAAUAAAAGGCUUGCAAUAUUUCAGUUGAUUUGUAAUGAAUCCAGAAUGCAUGACAUUUUUGUUUUUUAAAUUGCAUUACAGAAAAUAAAGAACUUUAUCACAAUAUUCUAAUUUUCUGAGACAGUCCUGUAUAUGACAAAUGUAUAUAUAUAAAUAUAUAUGUAAAAAGAUAUAUAUGUAUUAAAAAUAUAUAUAUAUAUAUAUAUAUAUGUAUAUAUA